UCCGAGUUCCCAGCCCGGGGAGGAGGGAGUCACGAUGUCCAGCAGCCGCCAGGCUGGGCCUGGAGCUGCUGGGACAGGGCCCGGCUCCUCCGCGGCCUCCUCAGUCACUUCCGCCUCGUCGUCGUCGUCCUCGUCUUCGUCGUCGCCGUCGCCCCCGUCCCUAACUGCAGUGGUGGCCGCGGCGGGGUCCAGCGGGGCCGCCGGCUCUGGGGGUCUCGGGGCCGCCGUGCGGCCUCUGCUGGUGGCCGCCGCCGGGUCGGGCUCGGGCGGCGGGGGUGGUGGCGGGGCGCUGGCUGCGGGCCUCUCCCGGCUCGGGGGCUCGACCAGGCCCGGGAGCGCUGUGAACGGCGGCAGCGGCAGCGGCGGAGCCGGCAGCUCGGGCAGCGGUAGCAGGAAGCGGCCUCUGCUCACCCCACUCUGCAAUGGGCUCAUCAACUCGUACGAGGACAAAAGCAACGACUUCGUCUGCCCCAUCUGUUUUGACAUGAUUGAAGAAGCAUACAUGACGAAAUGUGGCCACAGUUUCUGCUAUAAAUGUAUCCAUCAGAGCCUGGAAGACAAUAAUAGGUGUCCCAAGUGUAAUUAUGUUGUGGACAAUAUUGACCAUCUUUAUCCUAACUUCUUAGUGAAUGAACUCAUUCUCAAACAGAAGCAAAGAUUUGAGGAAAAGAGGUUCAAGUUGGACCAUUCAGUGAGUAGCACCAAUGGUCACAGAUGGCAAAUAUUUCAAGAUUUAUUGGGAACUGAUCAAGAUAACCUUGAUUUACCUAAUGUCAACCUGAUGUUGGAACUACUUGUUCAAAAGAAAAAGCAGCUGGAGGCAGAGUCACACGCUGCCCAACUACAGAUCCUUAUGGAAUUCCUCAAGGUUGCAAGGAGAAAUAAGAGAGAGCAACUGGAACAGAUUCAAAAGGAGCUAAGUGUUCUGGAGGAGGAUAUUAAACGAGUGGAGGAAAUGAGCGGUUUGUACUCUCCUGUCAGUGAGGAUAGUACAGUGCCUCAGUUUGAAGCUCCCUCUCCAUCACACAGUAGUAUUAUUGAUUCCACCGAAUAUAGUCAACCUCCAGGUUUCAGUGGCAGCUCUCAGACAAAGAAGCAACCUUGGUACAACAGCACAUUAGCAUCACGACGGAAACGCCUCACUGCUCAUUUUGAAGAUUUAGAGCAAUGCUACUUUUCUACAAGGAUGUCUCGUGUCUCAGAUGACAGUAGAACUGCAAGCCAGUUGGACGAGUUUCAAGAGUGCCUUUCCAAGUUUACUCGAUACAAUUCAGUCCGACCCUUGGCUACCUUGUCUUAUGCUAGUGACCUCUAUAAUGGUUCAAGCAUAGUCUCCAGUAUUGAAUUUGACCGAGAUUGUGACUAUUUUGCCAUUGCUGGGGUAACAAAGAAGAUCAAAGUAUAUGAAUAUGGAACAGUCAUUCAGGAUGCAGUGGAUAUUCAUUACCCAGAAAAUGAAAUGACCUGCAAUUCCAAAAUCAGCCCUGCCAAAUGGCCUGGGCUGAGCAAGUCCCCUGCUCUCAGCUCUACCACAUCGGUCACUCUGCUACCAUGUGGAGUGAGUAAUUUACUAUUGUUCCGAUUCCCCGUUUCUACUCUCUUGUAUUCCCAGGGCUACUGCAUGAAACUGUGGUCUACCAAUUUGGACAAUUCAGUGGCGAGUAUUGAGGCAAAGGCUAAUGUGUGUUGUGUCAAAUUCAGCCCAUCUUCUAGGUACCAUUUGGCUUUUGGCUGUGCAGAUCACUGUGUCCAUUACUAUGAUCUUCGCAACACUAAACAGCCAAUUAUGGUGUUCAAAGGACAUCGAAAAGCAGUUUCCUAUGCAAAAUUUGUGAGUGGGGAAGAAAUUGUUUCUGCGUCGACUGAUAGCCAGCUGAAGUUGUGGAAUGUUGGGAAACCACACUGUUUGCGUUCCUUCAAGGGCCAUAUCAAUGAAAAGAAUUUUGUUGGGUUGGCUUCCAAUGGAGACUACAUAGCUUGUGGAAGUGAAAAUAAUUCUCUCUACUUAUACUACAAAGGCCUUUCAAAGACAUUGCUGACUUUUAAGUUUGAUACGGUCAAAAGUGUCUUAGAUAAGGAUCGGAAAGAGGAUGACACAAAUGAAUUUGUUAGUGCUGUUUGUUGGAGGGCACUGCCAGAUGGGGAGUCCAACGUGCUGAUUGCUGCUAACAGUCAGGGGACAAUUAAGGUGCUGGAACUGGUCUGAAGGAUCUUCUCUCAAUAAAGGAUUGACUUAAUCCUGCUGAAACACAUUUACAGUUCUACUUGAGAGAAAAAAGGAAACCUUCAAAAGAUGUCCCUCCAGAAGCCAUCAUGGGUUUUUUGUUUUGUUUUCAGUUUUUCCUCCCUCUUUUCCCCCAUGCCCCCCAAUCCCUUUCUCCCUUCUACGGACUCUUUAGGACCUUUGAGACACUGGGAACAUCCAGUGAACUCUCCACCAUCAACAUAACUCCACGGACUUUGCUGCUGCUGGUGGUGGUGUGGUUGUCUAAUUUUUAUGAUAGGGAAACAAAUUCUUUUAAAUAAAAACAAACAAUAAAAAAAGAAUAAAUAUUUAUUGA